AAAUAUAUUAUUUUAUUGUUUCCCUUCAACGUGACUUUACCGAAAGAGCUAAGUAUAUACAUCAAUACAAGUUUGUCAUUCAUACAUCUCUGGUACGUAAAAUAUUUUGUACCUACGUGACUUUACCGAAAGAACCAGAGUAUGGAUCCCUGCAGUCAUGAAAACUUCAAAUCUAUAUUGAUGUUCCUAAUUUUAUCCGAUAUGUAUCCAUAAAAGUGUAUUCUAAAUACUGUACAAUCUUAGGUUUUCACAGGCAAAAUUCAAGCUUAACUCUGAAGAGUAAACUGAGGAUACUACUAACGUCGUGAUUUGUUUUAUUUUAUUUCUACCUACGUGACUUUAUACCGAAAGAACCACAGAGUGAGGAAACUACUGACAUGUUGUGUUUUAGCUGCAGACAACAAGCUGCCAUUGACUAAUGUGCAUUUGGUCCUUAUCCAGGAGUGACCUAAGACACUUGACCCACAACUAAUGCUAGCGAUCAGCCUAAAAACUAUACAGCCAUAGAGUUGUAGAGUACAAUAGCAUAUGUAAGAUUGUAUGCCUACCUUGCGUAAUAAAAUCUCUAUACAGAGUGGUUAAAGUCAUGCUUGUAAUUUUUCUCACAGAAAAUAUAUUUUUUUAUCCAGAAUUCAUGACGGCAAUGGUACCUGUUUCUCAACGUAUUCUCCAUCCACAGCACAUUUUCCACCCAUGUAAAAGUGCCUGCAUGCCCAAAGCAACAUAGAAAGAAGUGUUUCUUUGCUUAAAACCUAUCAGGACACGUCUUCAGUUUGAGAUAUGAUUGGAAUCGUUGCCCACUCAAGUGCUCAGAUUCUCAAAGAUGGAAAUCGCAGGGAGCCAAACAUUCCCGGAACGCAUUAUCACCUGUGACGAGACCUAGAUUCAUAAUCGCACACCAAAAUUAAAGCAUUUCAGUAUGGAAUGGAAACAGGAUCUUUACCACCCAAUUAAUUCUGACACGAUGAUUACAGUACAAUAUUAAUAUUUAUUAUUCAGCCAAGGGCACCAUUAUUAACAUUGUCUACUAUACUCUUUGGUUCUUUUGGUAAAGUCACGUAGGAAAGCACCUGAUGACGGACGCUUGUGUUGCGCCCGAAACGUCGAUUUAUUUUCUACCUACGUGACUUUACCGAAAGAACCAAAGAGUGGAUUCCUGCAGUCACGAAAGCUUCAAAUCAGGAUUGUCUACUAUUUUUACCUUCAGGAUGUGUGCAUCGCAAUAAAAUAAGAAACAUCUUGGCCUACUGUCCAGAAAAAUAGUUUUUCUCCAAGACAAUGCUUGACCCUAUACAGCCUAUGCCACCACAGCCAAGUUGAACAUCGAAGGUUUGGAGUUUCUCCCAUACAUCCAAAUAGGUUGUUUCCUGACAUUAUUUGAGCAGAGACAUUCUUCAGGCAAUUGUGCAUUGGCUCGGGAAGUUCUGCACUGUGGAUGGAGACUUAUGUUGAGUCAUAUUUGAGCUGCCAUGUUCCUGGAAUGAAAACACUUCGGCAAGCAAAAAUCCAGGAAUGACUUGAACCAACAUUGAAUAUUUGAACAUUGGUGUGCCUGUGGUGAUGAUGUGCUGUGUGUAUCCUUGCAGGCAUUUUGAAGAUUGGCUCCGUUGAAGAGCACAAUAAAACCCAGACGUUUUGCUUCACACCGGCUAAGUUACAACUAAAAGAUAUUUGGUUGACGAUACAUGUAAGACAAUCAUCACUUUUUGGUCUUACAGUAAUUGCUCGUUUAAUGCCGUAAAAAUGUUUCCCAAAAGUGCCGCGUUAAGCAAAAACGUAUAAAGCGAGGAUUUACUCUACUGAAUCACAUUUGCACUAGAAAAUCUGCCUGCAGUCAUCCCAUGGCAGGACAACUGAGAUGAUGGUGGAGGUGAAGGGAAAGAAUGGUGACGUGAAGUUGCUGAUGGGGCACAAUGCCACGGAGAUUCAGCAGCAGGUGAGCAGCUGGCAUAGCUGGAUGUGGAGACGGGUGAGCAGUGGUUCCCGAGAUGUCUACCACUACUUCAACCUCGCCAACCAGACCUGCUUCUGCGUGGAGACGAGCGGCAACUAUGAAGUCAAAGUCAUCCGUACCGCAUUUAGUUGGAGGUUAAUUGGCAUUCUCCUCUUUGGAAUGAUUCUUUUCUUCUAUGCUGAAAAUCUUAGUAGGAGUGCGACAUUCUUUUACUCAUCGGGUGUGCUGUUGGGGAUUGUGGCAUCACUGCUCAUCAUCAUCUUUGUUGUUGGCCGCUUUCUUCCCAAGAGGUCGAGUGUUUACGCUAUAAUGGUGGGAGGAUGGUCCGCUGCUCUUUUUGCAAUGCAGUGGACUUACCGCCACCUGGGAGAGUUGCUUGCUGAUCACAAGAUGUAUGUUGCUGGCUACCUGGCUACAGUGGGCUUUGUGAGCUUUGCUGUCUGCUACCGGCUGGGACCUGUGACCAACGAGCGGAGCCUGCACAUCAUGACUUGGACACUGCAGCUGCUGGCCCUUUUGUUCAUUUACAACGGCACGCAGAUCUCCACAAUCUCUUUUGCUAUGGUGCUGGUUGCCAUUGCCAUGCGCCUGCUUCACUACCCAGUGAGUGCUGUGACAUGGGUGUGCAGAAAAGUUGGGUAUAAGACACCUUUUAAGCAUCCCCCUGAGGUGCGUCUGCUGACGGAGGAAGAGUAUCAACAGCAGGGUGAGGUGGAGACUCGAAGAGCCCUGGAAAAUCUCCGAGAGCUUUGCCACAGCCCUGACUUCCAUGCUUGGAAGGCUGUCACGCAGCUCAACUCGCCAAGACGGUUUGCAGAUUUCGUGGAGGGCUCCCCACAUCUCAGCCCACAGGAAAUGUCACUGCACAGUCAGCAGUACAGCCAUCCAUGGGAAUUAGAAGAUGAGUGGUACAACUCAUUCAAUGAAGAUGAGGGUGAAGAGGAAGCCAUCUCCAACCACCUCAACCACUCAGCCCGACAACCAAACCAAGAUUGAGUCUUGCAGAAAUGUUUUAUGUGGUAGAUUUUAAUGGGUUCUUCUUGGCGUAUGUAUAUAUUGCCUUUUUUAGAUGCCGUGUUAACAUUUCCGAUCUGUGAGAUGCCAAAAAAUCUGGUAUAUUCAAGUCGUCUUUUAUUCGUGGCGUGUUUCACGUACGACCAUUCAGUGUGGAUGCUUGAUGUGUGAUUGUUAAACCAAUUAUGACAUGGAUUUAGCCAUAUAAAUUCUGAGAAUGCAUGCUGCACACCUAAGUUAAACCAUCAAUUCAAGAUUAAGCAUUUUGGUAUUGCUAAAAGUAUUUUUCUAUAGUGAGACAGAUGAGCUUCCACUAUCCCAGGUGAGGGAAUGUCCACAUAUUAUACCUUUCUGUAUUGAGAUAAUACUGUUCUGCUGGUAACACUUUACAAUUCUAAAUCUGUAAGAGCAAACUAAAUGUACUUGUACAACGUUAAAUAUGCAGCACAAUUGUAUGCUCUUGGUAUAAAUGUACAUAUUGUAUUGUGGUGGAUUUCCCAAAAUACUUGCACUGCUGGUCACACUUGCACUUGGUUUUGGUGAGCUCUAACAAGAUUAUCGGCAGGUUUGAAUUGCAGUACUCCCUCGUAUUCAUUAACAAUGUGGUGCCUUGUAAAGCUUGCAUAGUUUAGAAACGUGCCUUUAAAUAUGCUCUGUUUUGUCAUCUUGAUGACGAGUGUAAUUCACCUGACCUCAUUUGAGGCAACAUUACAAAUACUUCUCCAAGCAUGUACAUAGGGGAACACAUUUGUUGGCCGCUUGCAGUUUUAUUUUUCCUACUGAGUCGAGUUGUAAAUGUAUAAUCGCGACCUGUGAAAUGUGAGAUUUUUAUUAGUUUUAUACAAUUUUUACUGCUUUGCUUCGUUAUUAAAGUUAAUUAAAUUGGGAA